CAUUAUGACAUCGAGUUAGGUCAUUUGCUCUACAUUGGAAGCUCGCGCUGACAUCACUGACUGGUAGAACUCUGUCAAGCAAGUCUGCGUCAUAGAGACGCCGCUGCGGUCAUCCAAGUAUCUUUUCGGUUUAAAACUCUUCAUAACACACAGGAUUAUGGAAUCCUCGGGUGGUCUGCACCUCCGGAAUGAACGGGAGCAUUCAUUACCGAAUAUAUGCACUCAUAUGACACAGCAUGCCUAAAACCACCUCCUACCGGCUAGUACGUCAUGAUAGUUGAGGAGCUGCCACCCUUGUUUGCUUAAUUCAUUCUACUGAAGGGACCACGGCGACAGCUCUCAAUAAGAUCUACAUAUAGAUUACGCCAGCCCGUUGAUGAUCAAAGUACACUUUCCUGCAGCAUACUAUCAAGUGUAUCGCAUCUCGUUGCCUUGCUUCCAUUGCGGACUGUUUUGCCAUUCGCCGUCAACUCAGAUGGAAUGGUCUAUCGAUAAAGCACAGCGUAUCGACGCAUUCAUCGCAUAUGCAAUCGUUGUGGCCUUUCUAACCACGUACUGCGUGUUGAAGCGCCAAUAUGUCUUUUACACGUCUGACCAUUUUCGAAUCUGGAUACUCCUUAGUGUAACCUGUAUCUUGUGGCUCAUUGGAAUCUUGGGCUUGGGCUUGUUCCUUGCGACCUAUCCUGAUUUUGCGAUCACUGCGUUCGCCGUGACGCCUGUCUUGCAGGGCAGCUCUGUGCUCUCAAUAUGCUGCACUAGUAAUUCAUUUCCGCUGAUAGCUAGGAUAAACACUGAUAUGUUCGCAGCUUGUAGAGGUUCUGUACUCCCUCUGGUGUAUAUGGGCAAGAUCGGGCGAGGAAAUCCCGACCUCAUGGCAGUCACGCCACACGAGAGCUUCUAUCUUUUGGGCAUGCCUAGGAAUCCAAAUUUCUGUUGUCGGCUGGCUCCCUGGCUGUUCGCGAUUCGUCUAAUUGAAGUGUUGUGGGCUGUUCCCAUUGCAUUCCAUAUCGAAUACUCAACCAUGGUGGCUCUUACCCUCACCAGACCCCUCCCAAAGUCAGUACCGAUAUUACUACGGUGGCUCGAGAUGAUUUCCGUUGUCUUCACUUUACUCCUGUCAAUUAAUCUUCUUUGGGUACACAACGAUAUUUCCUGGAUUGAGCAGAACGGCGACCUUUUCGUAUCAGAGGACUCUCCGGGAAAGAUGUCCUUCAGGUAUCUGAUUUGCAGCAACCUCCAGUUUCGACAUCGACGCUGCUAGAAGAACAGGUAAAAUGAUGUCUGGUUCCUAUCCAUUGCACGGCAACAUUCUCACCCUUUGUCAGACGGCCCACCACGUACCUGACGAGCUAUUGGAGACACCAACCGAUGACGAAAGGUGGACACAAUGUCACAUCCUCACAGAAGACUUUAACAAGUUCCGAACAACGCUUGAGGGAACCCUUCACAUCCACCUUGGUGGGAAACCCCCAGAUAAUCAGAUUCAUGAGGUUGCAGUUUGCGAGCAGGGCAAUCAAUGGCUCGUCGACAUAGAAUGUCCAUUCCUGAUAGCAUCUGAAGCACGCCUCAGAUAUGACGUCUCGCGACCAUGCGAAGGAGAGACCAACGUGUACGAAGUUUUACGUGCAAAUCAGAGG